GCAAAAACUCGAACAAAAUAUAUAUAUAAAAAAUUUCAAGCACUGCUGCCUUGGCCUUUACCGCUUCCGGAGUUUCCAAUUUUCCAUUCAGGAAAACAGUCUCUGUCUCGGCGGCCCUUGCAUAGAGUAAUGGAGGUGGGAAGGCUGCCCAUCUCAGCGUCACAGAGAGGCAAACUGAUAUCGGCAGGCUACACCACUCUGUCUUCGCUUUCUUCGCUCUCCCCCUCCGACCUUGCUUUAGUCAUCUUUGCUCUCUUAUAAUGCACCUCGAGAAGUGUUCGAUGUAAUUACUCUCUGAGUUCUUGAUCGAAGAUUCGCUUCAUCGUUCUAGAUCUAAGAAUCUCAGAGAAUGAAGCUGCUGAAAUUUUGAAGGUCGCAUCGCUUGGUAGUAGGUUGGAUGAGCCAGAAGGAGGUCGUGCCAUUGUUAAUGACUGCUUGGGAUAUGCUCCAUGAGGAUGAGAUGUUUCCCCGCAUUACCACAUCUUGUUUGGAUCUAGAUAACGUCCUUGGUGGGGGAAUAAAUUGCAAAGAAGUUACUGAAAUUGGUGGAGUUCCAGGCAUUGGUAAAACACAGCUAGGGAUUCAACUUGCCGUCAAUGUUCAGAUCCCAGUUGAUUAUGGUGGCCUAGGUGCAAAGGCAAUAUAUAUAGAUACAGAAGGCAGCUUUAUGGUGGAACGUGUUUUACAAAUUGCUGAAGCAUGCAUAGAAGACAUGACAGAAUGUAAUGGCCUUUUGCGGAAGGAUUUUCAAGCUGGCCAACUUAAAAUGCACCCCAACAAUAUUUUGGAAAACAUAUUUUACUUCCGUGUCUGCAGUUACACUGAGCAAAUUGCUCUUACAAAUUACUUAGACAAGUUCAUCUCAGAGCAUAAAGAUGUUAAGGUUGUUAUUGUUGAUAGUGUUACUUUCCACUUCCGACAAGAUUUCGAUGACAUGGCCCUCAGGACUAGAUUACUAAGCGGAAUAGCUUUAAAGUUGAUGAAGCUUGCAAAGGAGCAUGGUUUGGCGGUUGUUUUACUGAAUCAGGUGACCACGAAGUAUAUAGAAGGUUCAUUUCAGUUAACUCUAGCAUUGGGUGAUAGCUGGUCACAUUCUUGCACAAAUCGAGUCAUUUUGUAUUGGAAUGGAAACGAAAGAUAUGCAUACAUUGACAAGUCACCCUCCCUCAGAUCAGCAUCAGCACCGUAUUCUGUGACCAGUAAAGGCAUUAGGAAUUCUGCUUCGAACUGUAAGCGAAUCAGAAUGAUGUGACACAGAUUGGUUGAGAUACGAGAUAAAAGACUACCCAUCAUCAGCAUCAAUAUAAGUUUUCUUUAAAUGAUUCUGAACAAAUUAUAGCAGCCAGCAUAUCUAUUUGUUUUGUUAAUGACCUCUUGAAUAACUAAAGGUUGUUUAAGAAGUUAUUCAACCGAAGAGUCGAGUGUUACCCGAAGUUGAACCAAAA